CGAGUCAAAACCUUGUCAGCAGUGUUGUCAGCUGCUGUGAAGGCGGUGCAGCACGAUCCAGGAACAAGAAACGUUAGCAGUAAUUGCCAAACUGUGAAGCUGUAUGAGAUAUGAAAUCAUUUUAACCAAUGACCUUAACUGCGUUUUGUGGAUAGAAGGACACACCCUGCGUUGGCUUAGGAAUCUGUUGUUGCCACACCAGAGCACCUCCUAGCCAUGGAAGAGACUAGCCGGGAAGCCGUGGCUAUGGCCGUGCAGAGAGUUGCAGGGAUGCUCCAGCGGUCAGAUCAGCUGGACAAAGUCGAGCAGUACCGACGCAGAGAGGCACGCAAGAAAGCGUCUGUAGAGGCUCGUCUAAAGGCUGCAAUUCAGUCCCAGUUGGAUGGCGUCCGUACUGGACUCUUGCAGCUUCACAGUGCCCUGUGUGACGUGAAGGACAUCCAGAACUCCCUAGGAGACGUCAGUAAGGACUGGAGGCAGAGCAUAAAUACCAUAGAGAACCUAAAGGACGUCAAGGACGCAGUGGUCCAACACAGCCAACUUGCCUCUGCUGUAGAGAACCUGAAGAAUAUUUUCUCAGUUCCUGAGAUUGUGCAGGAAACCCAGGAUCUGAUCGAGCAGAGUGAGCUUCUCCAGGCUCACCGCAGGCUGAUGGACCUGGAACGCUCCCGUGACGACCUGAUGUAUGAGCAGUACCGCAUGGACAGCCGCAACACCCAUGACAUGGACCUGAUCCGCCGCUACUUCGGCCAGGUGCAGUCGCUGUCCGACGAGCUGGCCAAGCAGCUGUGGAUGGUGCUGCAGCGCGCCAUGGGGACGGUGCGCCGCGACCCCACCAUGCUGGUGUCGGUGGUGCGCAUCAUUGAGCGUGAGAAUAUCAUCGACAACCGCAUGCUGGACCGCCAGAAGCAGACCACCUUCAUCCCGCCCGGAAGGCCCAAGAGGUGGAAGGAGCGCAUGUUCCAGGAGCUAAAGGAGACGGUUAGCAGGCGCAUCGAGGGCACACAGUCGGAGACGCGAGACUCGGACAAGAUGUGGCUGGUGCGACAGCUGGAGCUGACGCGCAAGUAUGUGCUGGACGACCUGAUGGUGGUGAGCAACCUGAUGGUGCAGUGCUUCCCCCCGCACUACAACACCUUCAGCACCUUCUUCAACAACUACCAUGACGCAGUGGCCGCUAACGUAUGCGAGUUGGCUGCUGGAGACCUGGAAGCCAACGAGAUUGUCUCGCUCCUCACCUGGGUCCUAAACACCUACACCAGUGUGGACAUGAUGGGCCACCCUGAGCUCAAGGCUGAGUGUGACGUGACCCAGCUGGGGCCUCUGCUCUCCCAGGACGUGGUGGACGAACUCCUCAGCAAAUACAUCCAGACUUUCACUUCUAACAUCACUGGCUGGCUGCGUAAGGCCCUGGAGACAGAUAAGAAGGACUGGCUGAAGGAGUCUGAGCCAGAGGCUGACCAGGAUGGCUACUACCAGACCACCCUCCCUGCCAUUGUCUUCCAGAUGUUUGAGCAGAAUCUGCAGGUGGCUGCACAGGUCAAUGACUCAUUCAAAGAGAAGGUUCUGGAACAGUGUCUGAAACAGAUGAGUUCUUUUCUACACAGGUACAAAGAAGAGGCGAUCAACUACAAAGAGGAGCACUUAAAAGAUCGCCAGCUUCCGCAGUGCUACGUCCAGUACAUGAUCGCCAUCAUCAACAACUGCCAGACGUUCAAGGAGUCUAUUAACAGUCUGAAGAGGAAGUACUCCCAGUCGAUUGAGCCCAGCCUGUAUGACGAUGCCAUCGAGAGGACCCUGAAUGACGUGGCCAGAGAGGGCUGCCAGUUCCUGCUGGAUGAGGUCUUCCUUGACCUAGAGCAUCACCUGAACGAGCUGCUGACUAGGAAAUGGCUGACUGGCUCCCAUGCGGUUGACACCAUCUGUGUGACGGUGGAGGACUACUUCAAUGACUUUUCCAAAAUCAAGAAGCCUUACAAUCAGGAGAUGACAAACGAGGCCCACCGGCGUGUGGUAGUAGAGUACAUGAAGGCGGUCAUGCAGAAGCGCAUCACCUUCAAGAACCCAGAGGAGCGCAAGGAAGGAGCCGACCGCAUGAUCAAGGAGUCCGAACAGUUCAAGUUCCUCUUCAGGAAACUCUCCAGUAGCGUGGAGGCAGACCGGCUGUGUGAUGCCAUCGCAGCCAUAGCAGAGGUGUUUAAGUUGAGCGACACGACCAUGUUGUCGCUGGAGGUGUCCACACUGGUCUCCAAAUAUCCCGAUAUCAGGGAGGAUCACAUAGUGGCCUUGCUGGUGGUGCGUGGGGAUGCCAGUCGGGAUACCAAGCAGAAGGUGAUCGAGACCUUCAACCAGACUAGGCCCUCCGGCAGCAUGGUCACCCAGCCCAUCUUCAAGGACAUCACCGUGCCAACUAUGACCAUGACGUCCAUGACCUCCAUGACUGUGCCUAAACUGCUGAAGUAGCUCUGGAGAACCCUGGCCAGGGGACCCGUUCCAGGGUGUUACAGGAUUAAGGAACACCACGGUUCCUUUCAUAUGCACUUUGAGAAGAGAAAUAAAGAGAUAUUUCCACAGAAGCAGUCUGUGGUAUUGUAAGGUAAAGCCCCAUGUUCAAGAGGCUGCCUUUAACUGUUUGUCAAAGGAUUAUGAAUGAUUACUUGACCUAUGGACUGAAAACACUAAAUGUGUGCCCUAAAAAUGUUCAUUUUACUUUUAUUUUCCUUGCCUUAUUAAACUCUGCAAUCAGUUUCUCACUCUUCUGAUCUCAUGUGUAAAGAUAAACCAAAAUUGUGUGUGUAUGUAUGUGUGUGUGUGCGCUUGUGCGUGCAUUUGUGUGCGCGAUUCCCACUCAUGGCUUCUGUCCCAGUGUCUAUUAAAAAUCUCUUCUGCCCUGA